GCUAAGCUCGCUACCGAGGAAGGCAGUGCUCUCGACAUCUGCUCCUCGGACGCCACCCCGAAAACAAAGUCUGUCCGCCUGCGCACAACUCGGCCCCUUUGCUGUGUGUUUCCUCUACAUUCUUUGAAGAGUGAUGCCCCUCACUGCCGGAGAGCUGCCCCUGUGCUCGGUGAAGUCCAGAUGCAUGAGUCUGGGUCAGAACCAACAAGCCACUUCAUUCCAGCCAGUCAGACAGAGAACGGGAAUAAUAGUGAGAAUGAGAGUCGAGUGAGGAGCGGCCAGUCUCCUCCUCCACAGGCACCAAGGGUUCCAGUGUCAGUAUCUAUGAUGACCCCACCAGCAGAGGCCUCUCAACAGUUGCAGCAGACCCCACAGCAGCAGGUCCUCAGCCCUCAGCAGCUCCAGGCGCUUCUCCAGCAGCAGAAAGCCCUCAUGUUACACCAGCAACAAAUUCAAGAGGUCUUCAAGAAUCAGCAAGAGCAGUUAAAUAUUCAGCUUCUUCAACAGAAGAAUGCUGGUAUUGUGAGUCAAGAGUUGACCGCGCAGCAGAUUUCCAUCCAGCAGCAGCUUCUUCAGGUGCAGCAGCAGCAUCUCCUCAACCUGCAGAGACAAGGCCUGCUGUCGGUCCUGCCCACCAGCACCAUGGCACUCGCAGGCUGUGAGAACGGCAGCUUCCUGUCUGCCGCUGGCGACGCCAGAGAGUCCUGCAGUCAGCAGUCCACGGCCAACGGUCACCACGCUCUGCUCCAGAGGACGGAGAGAGACUCACUGGAGGAGAACACACAGAACAGCCACGCGCUGUAUGGGAACGGGAUGUGCAAAUGGCCGGGCUGUGAAUCUGUCUUAGGAGACUUUCAGUCAUUUCUCAAACAUUUGAACAGUGAGCAUACGCUGGAUGACAAGAGCACGGCGCAGUGCCGUGUGCAGAUGCAAGUGGUUCAGCAGCUGGAACUGCAGUUGAGGAAGGACAAAGAGCGACUGCAGGCGAUGAUGGCUCACCUGAAGUCCUCCGAACCCAAAGCCGCGGCGCCUCCCGGGAAUCUGUUGCCUCACGUGUCCUUCUCCCAGGCGACGUUGCCCAAGGGCUCGCCCCCGAUGAGCCUGUCCCAGAGCGCCACGGCUCCGUCCACGCCCCUGACGCCGCGUUCCGACUCCCCCGCGGUCCUCACUCCCAAUAGCAUGUUCACUGGAACCCCCGUGCGGCGGCGGUACAGCCGCUCGGUGAGCCAAGGUAACGAUAUAGUUGAUAAUAAGGAGUUCUACUUGAGCACAGAAGUUAGACCCCCAUUUACAUAUGCGUCUCUCAUAAGACAGGCGAUAUUUGAGUCGCCUCGCACUCAGCUGACAUUAAAUGAAAUCUACAACUGGUUCACAAGAAACUUUGCAUAUUUCCGGCGCAAUGCAGCUACCUGGAAGAACGCCGUCAGACAUAAUCUCAGCCUCCACAAAUGCUUUGUGCGUUUGGAAAAUGUGAAGGGAGCCGUGUGGACCGUGGACGAGAUCGAGUUCCACCGGCGGAGGCCCCAGAAGACGGCGGGUAACGGGUCUCUGCUGAAGAACUCUCCGAACCAUCAGAGCUUAGCCGGGUCUGCCGCUCAGAGCGGCCUUCUCGACGGCAGCAACUCCCUCUACAACCCGGCCUUCAUGGGCAGCAUCCCGUUCCACUCCCUGCCUCAUGUCCUCCAAGAGCAGAUGCACGGAGUCCUGGCCAACGGAUCCGGAUACCAAAGCGACAGCAGCGCAACACAGUCCCCUCCUCAGGCUUUCGUCAAAGAGGAACGGGAGGACGAGGAGAUUUGCGACGGUUAUCCCUACGAGUCCCCGGAGAGCACGGACGAGCUCGGCCACAGCCCGGAGAUGCACCACGGCGACGACGACGACGGCAGCCCGGGGAGGCCGAGCCUUCACAUGGACCGCGUGCCGUCUCUCUGACCGCGAGGGCCACAUCCGCCGCCGCUGCGAGGCGGCAGCAGCCUCACUCGCAGCCGGUGUGACUUUGUAUUCCAAACGUUUCCUAAAACAACCGCUUCAUCUACUUAACCAAACACUCUCUUCUUUGGGGAAUUUAUUUUCAUUUGUUUUUGUCAGCAUUUCUUAUCUGUUGUUGUUAAUCUAGCUUGUGAGAUCACAAAAACACACCUGUUCAUGAUUUGUCUUAUUUUCUAUAUAUAUAUAUUUAUAUACACACAUAUAUAUAUAUACAUAUAUGUGUGUGUGUAUAUAUAUAUACACACACACACGUGUGUAUCUGUUUCACGCGUAUGUGUAUUUAUAUUUAUAUAUAUAAAUAAUGUGUGUGUAAACAGAAGGACCAUGAUGAGCAGAGAAGCCAAAGGAAAAGGAACAUUGAUAGCACUUCACAAUGAAACGUUUCCCCCUUCUGUGCAGCUCCAUCAUGCUCCGUCGGGGCCUCGCUACUCGAUUUUAUUUUAGUCGUCAUAAUAUAUGAACAUUUGUAGAAGAAAUAAAAUGUUCACUGUCUACGUGAUCUGAUAUAUUUGUAUUUAAGGUAAAAAAAAUCAAUUGAGAAGAAUGUGUCGCUUCUUUAUACUUGUUGCCCACCCACGCCCGCCACAAACAUUGCUGGAUUUCCGCUCUAACUAAGCUUGUCAGAGUAGAAAAUAUAAAUUUACCAUAAUUGUAAAACAAUGCAUCUUUAUGAAUAAUAAAUCCCUCAUGAAAAAUGUGAA